UGACCCUGGGGGGUUCAAGGGCACAGAGCCUGGGGUGCCACUCCCAGGAGAGCCCCUCCCUGCGGAGGGAGCAGCUCCAGGACCCCUCUGUGGCACAGGAGGAUGGAGAUGCCCACGGGGAAGGCAGAGCCCAGCUCCAAUCCGGCCCAGGGAAUGCUGAGCCCCUGGUCCCAGGAAGGACAGGGGACAGUGGCCGUGGAGGAGGAGGAGUGGGGAGUCUGCAGCCCCUGGGAGCUGUGCCAGGGGGAACGUGGCAGAGCCCCACUGCUCUCCCAAGGGGUGUGCCAGGGGAAAGCCAAUGGAUACAAAGAUCUGUCCCAGUGGUCAGAACUAAUCAACCAGGAGAUGUCCCAGAUGGAAGAAUUCAUUGAUCAGCAGCCCUGCCCAAGGAAAGCCAAGAGACAGCAGGAACUGUGCCAAGGGCAAGUCAACGGACACAAAGAUCUGUGCCAGUGGGAAGCCCUCAUCAGCCAGGAGAUGUCCCACUGGGAAGACCACAUGGAGCGAGGGCUGUGCCAAGGGAAAGCCAGGACACACCCAAAGGGGGGCCAACAGGAAGGUGAGAGAGACCCAGAGCUGUGCCAAGGGAGGGUCAAUGGGUACAGAAGUCUGUCCCAAUGGGAAGAAUUAAUCAACCAAGAGAUGUCCCAGCUGGAAGAACACAUCGACCAACAGCUGUGCCAAAGGAAAGCCAAGAGGCAGCAGGAGCUGUGCCAAGGGCAGGGCAGGGGAUACAAAGAACUGUCCCAAUGGGAAGACUUAAUCAACCAGGAGAUGUCCCAGAUGGAAGACUUCAUUGACCAAGAGCUGUGCCAAGGGAAAGCCAAGAGACACCAAGAGACACCCAGAGCUGUGCCAAGGACAAGCCAAGAGACCCCAGGAGCGGUGCCAGGGGGAGGUCAGUGCAUACAAAGAUCCCUCCCAACGGUCCAUCAACCCAGAGGUGUCCCAGUGGGAAAGACUCCAUUGCCCAAGGGCUGUGCCAAGGACAAGCCAGCAGAACAGGCAGCACAUCCCACCCUCCCCACCCGUGCCAGGGCUCAGCACCCUCCAGCCCGUUGCCCACCUUGGCCCCCAGGGCCUUCCCCCCCUGCCCGGCUCUCCAGCCCCCCGGCACCGCCAGGACCCAGCCCAGCUCAGCUCAGGGAAGUUCAACUUCCCAGGGAGUUCAUCCAGGCCUCCCCUUCCCCACCCACCCCCGGGGAGGAAUGGUGCCCCCGUGCUCCCCAGAGAGGCAGCGGGUGCCACCCGGCCCAGCCACCAGGAAAUAAAUUAUAGGAAUCCAAGGAA